AAUCCCAUUUUUAGCAUUUCUGAAUCAAAAUUCUUCAAUCCCAAAUGGAUCUGAUAUCUGAACUCCCAGACCCCAUUUUGCAGCACAUUCUUUCAUUUCUCCCCGUCAAACAAAUAAUUCAAACCACAAUCUUAUCCAAAAGAUGGAUUCACCUUUGGCUCACUUUCCCAUCUUUUGAAUUUGACAAAAACUUCUUUCAUUUUGAGUCCAAACUUCAAAACAAAAGACUUCACCUCAUCAACUUUGUGGAACAUACUCUCAAGCAGCUGAAAUGCCUGAGAAAAUUCAAGCUUCAUACCGACUUCCCGGAGGCAAACUCAACAGUCGUCGUCGACCGGUGGAUCGACUACGUGCUCAAGGGUUGUGUCCAGGAGCUCGAGAUUGUGGUGACAGUGGAAAAUGGAAAAAGGUACAAUCUGCCUCAGAGAGUUUUUGCAAAUCAGUCAUCAACAGUUUUGACAGUUGGUGAUUGCAAAUUGUGUCCUUCAUUAAUGGAUGGAUACAAGUUGUUGAGUAUGAAAAGUGUAAGUCUUUUGGGAGUUUUUGCUGAAGAUGAGACAGUAAAAAGAUUAGUCUCAAAUUGUCCUUUCAUUCAACAUAUCAAACUCAAUUCUUGCCUUGGAUUGAGAAGUCUUUGGUUAUGUGAAACUAAUGAACUCAUAACAAUGGAAGUUCAGAACAAUAGUGGGUUGUAUGAGUUUGGGGCCAAAGCUAUAAAUCUUCAAGCUUUUGAAUUUAGAGGGCAAUUUCAGCCUUGUUGUAUCAAUAUCAGCUCUUGCAAGAAUCUAAAAACUUUGAAGCUAUCAAUGGUGGCUAUAACAGAUGAUUGGUUCAAUCGUUGCUUCUCUGAAUUUCCUCUGCUUGAGAUUUUGGCUCUGUCUUAUUGCCACAUGUUGGAGAGCUUGAGAAUCUCAAGUUCCCAUUUGAAGAAAUUCAUCUUGUGCGGAUGUGAAUCCGUGACGAGAGUCGACAUUGACGCUCCCUGUUUAUCGAGGCUUGAGUUUUCCGGGGAUGUGAUUUCUUUCUCUUUGAAUGCUCCUGCCCUCUCGCAAGCCGAUAUGGAGCUCUCUCCACGGAUUUUCGAUAAUCCAUGGGUUGUUAAACAGAUCGAAUUCCUAGCACAUUUCAACCAUCUCAAAUCAUUGACAUUGCAAAGUCAAACAGGAAAGAGUGUGAUUAUUCCACAAGAGCUGAGGGAGACAUUUGGUUCACCUUUAUAUGGUGUGAAGCAUUUGAAACUCAAGAUAAUAAAGCCUCUGUUCAGUCCUUCUCUUAAAGAUCUUGUGAAGGCUUUGCUUUGGAUUGCCCCUCAACCACAGACCAUUACAAUAGAAUCUGGUUUUGGUAAGAAGAUCUUAAAGUUUGUAUAUGAGAAGGCAAGAGAUGAUGGAGCAGUUGAUCAACAUCAUUGUAGUUGUACCUCUCUUCCCAUUACAUGUUGGAAGCAUUCCUUAAAAGAGUUGAAGUUUGAGAAUAUUAGAGAGGAUGAUGAAAUAAAUAAUUUAAUGAAUUUUUUCCAUGAAAAUUCAGAGAUAAUGUUGCAAUAAUUUCAAGAUGGAUGCUUGAUACAUCAUUAAAAAUUAAUCUCCAUUUCAUUA